CGCUGAAGCAACAGACGAAGAAGAAGAGGCCUCAGUAGCCAUUAUGUAGAAUGUAGAACUCCUCGGUCUGAAAACAGAUUCUUCUCCCCUAGAAACAGAGACCCUGCUCCGGGGAGACCAGCACCGCGAACAGGACGUACAUAAACCCCGCCAGAGGAAGUGUGUGUGUUGUUUUUUAAGGACGAUGAGGCAGUCACACACACACCGGAUGUGUCCUCUGAGGAAAGAGAUAAAAUGAAAGGUAAAGGAGCCGAGUUCUGCUCCAUGGAGGCUGGGAACAGUGAGGUGAUUCUGUGUGAUCCCAACGACUGUGUGGAGAAGAAAACGGACCAUGUGUUCAACCUGCUGGCCCUCAACGACACCGGGAACAACCAGCACCACCGCACUGUGGAGGACGUGGUUCUGACAAACAAGUAUGGCGAUAAGAUCUGCGGUCAGAUCUGCACGGAAAACAACGAGAGUAAACUGGUCAGGGGGGUGACGUCACAUGCAUUGAUUUCAGGGACUACUUCUUCCUCCUCUUCUUCUUCUUCUUCUUGUGAAGCCAUGGACACCUCGGGGUUUAUCUCGGAGUCAGCCGGGCUGCAGGAGGGUGCACACACGGCCUCCUCCACAGGUCCUGCUGCUGCUGCUGCUGCCGCUGCUGCUGCUGGGGAGACCUUCUCUGGAACCAUCACCAUCAACAACCAAAGCAUCAUAGUGACCAUAGAGAACGGGAUCCUGACCCUGGCGGCCCCCCCAGAGGGAUAUGUGCACAAGGAGGAUGACAUGGUGAGCUUAAAGGAGCACCUGGGCAUGAAGGACCAUGAGGAUAUCGUGCUGCUGAACUAUGACAGCGGCACCAAGUCCAUCGGGAAGAUCAGCACCUUGGCAGUGUCCAAUCAGCAGGAAGAGCCCAGACCUGGUUUGUCCGUCAGUGACUCGGAUCUGGCUCUGGUGGAUGAUUGCUCCUUAUCAGAUCUUGGCACUUCUUUGGACUCCUGUGCUAUUGUGAAGCAGGAGGCGGGGGGGAUGUGUGCGGUCACUGAGGCCGAUCUGGUCACCCCGUCCCCCAAAAACUCUGAUUGUGAUGGUGCUGAUUUCCAGUCGUUACCUCUCAUCAGGUCCAAGAAAGACACUUUGGUUCCCAUUGGGUGUCCAGAACCGGGCUGCGCCUUUACGUUUGAUUCACGGCAGAAGCUCAAGGUGCACCUCCUGAACCACGCCGAGGACCCGAGGCCGUACCAGUGCACAGUGCAGGGCUGCGGCUGGGCGUUUGGCACCUCUUACAAACUCAAGAGGCACCUUCAGUCCCACGACAAGCAGAGGCCGCACACCUGUCAGUUCGAAGGCUGCGGGCGGCGCUUCACCACCGUCUACAACCUGAAGGCGCAUGUGAAGGUGCACGAGCAGGACAACGCCUUCAUCUGUGAGAUCUGCAGCGAGAGGUUUCGCAGCGCCACACGGCUCACAAACCACCAGAGGGUCCACUUCGAGCCCCAGAGGCCCCACAAGUGUGAAUUCCCAGGCUGUGAGAAGACCUUCAUCACCUUCAGCGCCCUGUUCUCCCACAACCGGACUCACUUCAGAGAGACGGGACACUUCACCUGCACCUUCCCCGGCUGCGACAAGACGUACGACAAGGCCUGCCGCCUCAAAAUCCACAUGAGGAGUCACACGGGUGAGAGGCCGUUUGUGUGUGACUCGGGGGGCUGUGGCUGGUCCUUCACCAGCAUGUCUAAGCUGCUGCGACACAAACGGAAACACGACGAUGACCGGCGCUUCGUCUGUACAGAGGAGGGUUGUGGGAAAUCCUUCACCCGGGCGGAGCACCUGAAGGGGCACAGCAUCACACACCUGGGCACCAAACCCUUCCAGUGCCACGCAGAAGGCUGUAACGCCAAGUUCUCGGCGCGCAGCAGCCUCUACAUCCACUCCAAGAAGCAUAAGCAGGACGGCGGCAGCCUGAGGACGCGCUGCCCGCUGGCCGACUGCUGCAAGCACUUCUCCUCCCGCAGCAGCCUGAAGAGCCACAUGCUCAAACACCACCACCUCAGCCCGGAUGUCCUCAGUCAGAUGGAGACCACGCCCUCCCUGACCCCCAGCAGCGAGCUCAUCAGUUCCACCCCAGCGACGGUUGCCGGGCCCUGUGUUGCUGGGGGCGAUCAGCUGACCAACCUGGACCUCAGCUCUCUGUUCUCGGCUGUUCCCGGAGGCCCCGCCCCCCCACCCGGUCUGGGAGUGGGGAUCCCGGUCCCUGGCUCGGGCCCCAACAGCACUUUCACCAUGGACCUGUCACUGGUCAGCUCCGGGAUCCUCACCAUAGACCCCCCCUCCUCCGGCGGCCCAAAAACCGUGGACCCUCUGAUCAUGGCAGCCGGCCCCGACAUGGCCCCGCACCACGGUUUGGAAGGCACUGUGGGCUACGUCCUGCCCCCCCAGGGGACGCUCAACCUGGACGAUGUGCAGACGGUUACCCCCGAGGCCCUGGGGACCCUCACUGCUCUCACCCUGCAGGGGGCCUCCGUGGACACCCACCCGCUCAGCUGCUCCCUGAGCGUCGAGCCCCCGAACUCUCUGGCCGUCGUCCCCGUCGCGGAGCUGCUGGCCUCGCCCUCCAAGGUGGUGGAUGUGGGGGGCCAGGUGGGGACGGGGCCCCUGCUGGGUUGCGUGGAGGUGCUGGGGCCCGACGAGGGGGGGAAGGUCCUCACCCAGUUUGUGUUCCCCGGGCACAGCAGCAGCUUCAGCCCCCAGAAGGAGCCGGAGCUCAGCGUGGUGUCGCCCAGCAGCUUCCUGGAGAGUGGAGGCUCGGCCCGGACCGACUACAGAGCCAUCCAGCUGGCCAAGAAGAAGAAGCAGAGAGGCCCUGCCCCCCCCUCCGGCCCCCCAGGACCGAGUCAGAGGAGGAGUAAAGGAGGGAAGGCUGCCUCUGCUCCCUCUGCUGGUCGCUAUGGUGACGGAGCUGCAGCAGCCAAUGGGGGCCUGACUCUGAGAGACCCUGUGACCGGGGCCCAGUACGUCCAGAUCCAGCUGCUGCAGGAUGACCCGGCCACUGACGGAGACCUGGCCUUCCAGCUGAGCUCUCAGCCCUCCAGCUCUCACUCCCAGCUCACUGCAGAUCUGCCCGUCAACAUCUUACAGGAGCCCUCGGUGAUGACGGAGGACGACAACGGCUCAGACAACUCUCAGUUCACAGGAAGCACAAUCAACCUCCAGGACCUGGAGUGAGCGCCGCCAGAGUUUACAUCGAUAAACAUUAUGGGAUGUUUGAAUCAUGUUUGUUCCCCAGGACUUUGGAAGCCUUUAUGAACUGUGGUUUUUUGGGGAGGGGGUGGACACGAGUCCCCCGAUAAUGCACCUUGACAGCAGGAGAUGAGCUCGUGUUGGUUCAGAAGACGAUCGUAUUUGUAAAGAUGACUUUGUACCAAAAUCCAACCUGAGAGCGUCCUCAUGUCGGGAGACCUGUACCGGUGUCUAUUCCAUGGUGCCACACACACACACACACACACACACACACACACACACACACACACACACACACACACACACACACACACACACACACAGCGCUGUCUACGCUCCAGUUGCCUUACAGACGCCUCACGCUGUGCAUUCCUCCGGGGGCGGGUCGUCUGCUUUAUCUGUUGCUACUUUUAAUUUCUUACGGUUUGUUAGAUUUAUUUUUCUAUGGCGGCGGUGAGUCCAUGCCUGUCUGUGUGUCUUUAUACGGUCUGCCAGGAGUCACGACCUUCCUGUAACAAAUGUACUUGUUUAUUAUUUAUUAUGAAGCUGUGGGUUUACAGAAUGGCAGAGCCAAACACAGAGAUGAAUUAAAGAAUCAAAGCACAAUCAGAA